AUGUCAAAAUACUUUCUAAAUGGUGCCAAAGACGAGGCUAGCAUUCGAGAGUUUGAUACAUUAGAUGCUCCGGUACGUGAAUUAAUAUUGGCCGCUGUGGAAGCUCGCAAACAUGCCUAUUGUCCGUACAGUAAUUUUGCUGUCGGAGCUGCCAUACGCACUUCGGAUGGCACCAUUUACACUGGUUGUAAUAUCGAGAAUGGUGCCUACACCGCGGGUAUUUGUGCGGAAAGAACUGCAGCAGCUAAGGCUAUAAGCGAAGGUAAACGUGAUUUUGUUGCUUGUGCCGUUGUCGCACAACAGGAGGGCUCAUUUACCACACCUUGUGGUGUUUGUCGUCAAUUUUUAGCUGAAUUCGGUGCUAAAAAUGAUUUCCCUUUGUAUGCAGCUAAGCCCAACAGUCCACCGUUUCGUGUUUUGUGUACAAGUAUAAUGGAGUUGUUGCCAAAAACAUUUCUGUUAGAAAAAUAA